AUAAAACCGGCCGGAUAUCUUGACAGUAACACAUGUCCUUGACAUUUUGAUUUUAGCUUGUUUACAGCAUUUGUACAGAGCCGUCUGCACAGCCCUCGCGGGUAUAAGCAGCUCCAUAGUUUUUUCUAUAGCGAUAUAACACGUUGUUCGGAAGACAAAGACUCUGAUAACUUGUAAAGGGAACUACAAUAAAGACAUGAGUGGAUAUGCGAGUUAUGACGAUGCGCAUGACCGGAAAUACGAUGAACCACAUCCGGUUCCUCUGGUCGUAGCCACCACAGAAACACUGAAAGGAUAUGGAACUAUUGUUACCGACUUUGAGAAAACGGAAGUUGAGAUUACUCCAUGGCCUGUUAAUGGGUGGCGGAAGUUGUGUCCUAACACCGGAUAUGGUGGAGGCAUCGUCAGUGGAGACUUCAUCUACAAAUGGGAGGGGGACCUUUGUAAAGCUGUCAACAAAGGCAGUUGGUGGGGACUACAUCACAGGACGACUUCCACCGGAAGCUGAUACAAAGAAUCGCAAACGUGUACUAACAAGAGAAGCUAAUUACCAUCCAGACGGAGGCCAGGUGUUCUUUCCACAAAAUGGCGAUGCCUUCGUCGCACUGUUGGCUCUUCCUGGAGAUGACGUCAAACCGGAAGAUUUCGUAGCUUUUUAUUUCGAUGGGUCUUUUGGAGUUCAGAUCCAUGCAAACAUCUGGCAUCAGCCCGUUUAUCCCAUAACAAAUGACGCCGUAUUUCUUGGUAAACAGGGAUCGGUACACGCAUGCGUAGCAGUGGACACGGCGAUUGAGUUCAACAAAUAUCUAUCAGUUCCUUUAAAGGUCAACAAAUAAUGCGCAAUGAUGGCUAUCCACACGCAUUAAAUUGACAUUGAUAUAAUCAACAAAUACCUUGAUGAGUAUGAUGAUGACGACGAUAGCGACGAUGACGACGAUGACGACGAUGAUGACCACAUCUCCAAAUCGGAUACUGUUUUAAGCCCUGUGUUUUUCAUAAAAAAAACUUUGGUUUUAAAAAAAUUGUCAUUUAAUGAUUUAGUUAAAACCACCCGUCGUCCGUGAUCCACCGUCUGUUUGUCGUUAAACCAAUUUUAUGACGCGACAGGUGACGUUACUGGUCAAGAUGAAGAAUCUGAUUGGUCAAUGUGCAGUUAAAAAGGAAACAAAGUUAAGAUUGAAUAAAAGUUGAUUGAGUGGAUGUAUCUCAUUAAAUGACACCUUAAAUUGAA